GUAGAAGGCAAACCUCGCUCCUGGCUUUGACGUUCGUUGACUUCCCGAGGCUUAGAAUAUCCUUUGGCGGUGGGUCGAAGUCGCUCUUGCAUUUUUUGAAGCUUGCGGUAGCAAUAUCUGAUCCUGAAGCAAGAUGCCGGGCGCGAUUCGAUUGUUGACGGGAAGCUCGCAUCCCGAGCUCGCCAACCUCGUUGCAAAACGACUGGGGGUACCGGUGACAAACUGCAGCUGCAGUCGUUUUGCGGACCAGUCGAUCAAUGUCCAGGUCGCGGACAGCAUCCGAGACGAUGACACCUACAUCGUGCAAACGGGCUACAGUACCAGUAUGGACCCCAAUGAUGCUUUGAUGGAGCUCUUGAUCAUCAUCUCCGCGUGCAAGACUGCCUCGGCUCGACGGAUCACUGCAGUCAUUCCAGCUUUUCCAUACAGUCGUCAUGACAAGAAGGACAAGUCGAGAGCGCCUAUCACGGCCAAGCUGGUCGCCAACAUGAUCACAAUAGCAGGCGCAGACCACGUUAUUACGCUGGACCUACACGCCAGCCAGAUUCAGGGAUUCUUUGAUAUUCCGGUGGACAAUUUGACCAGCGAGCCAAGUGUCGCUAGGUGGAUCAGAAGCAACGUUCACAACUGGCGAGACUCGAUCAUCGUCAGUCCAGACGCCGGAGGUGCUAAAAGAGCGACAGCGCUUGCGGACGCGCUCGGCGUGGACUUCGCACUCAUCAACCGAAAUCGCAAACGGGAAGCAAACCGACGAGCGCGCGCUGCCAGACUUGCGAAGCACCCAGGAGCAUUGAGCACACGAUCCAGCUUCAGUGACCUGCGUAGCCACCCGCAAACUCCACUCUCUGGCAGCAUCGUCGUCGACCCUCAGAUGGCACCGCAGCAGCCAGGCCGUGGUGAGCCCUCUUCCGGCGUUAACAGUAAUCAGCAGAUCCCACUUCCUUCAGCUAUGAACGACUCACUACAAGCACUUAGUAUGGGCGAUGGCAAUAGCAGUGGAGCGUCGCCUCCAGCCGUGGUCAAGAAACAGCAAUUCUUCGAUGUUGCCAAUGGCGUCCAGGCGAAUGAGAAUGGCGAGUGGGUUAUGACCGAUGCUGAAGGUUACCGCGUCACCUCGGGAAGCAAGAGCCGUCCGUUAGACAGUGCAACCAACGAUAACGCCGAAAGCGGCGUGAGCGAGACAGAAGAUGAGAGAGAAACCAAGAUGGAGAUUUUGGUCGGAGACGUAGCUGGCAGGAUUGCGAUUCUCAUCGACGACAUGAUCGACACCGGCAAGACUCUUGCGCUUGCCGUCAAAACCCUAAAGGAUGCCGGCGCCAGCGAAGUGUAUGCUAUCGUUGCUCAUGGCUUGCUCAGUGGGAAAGCGACAGACCUGAUCAAGCGCCUCGAUGUGGAAAAGCUAGUGGUCACUAACACCAUUCCAAACAGCGAGAAAAUCGCCGCCACGGAAAACAAGCUGGAGAUCAUGGACGUCAGCGCGGUGCUCGCGGAGAGCAUCCGGCGAUCGCACAACGGCGAGAGCAUCAGCCUCCUCUUCCGUGAAGAUGCUGCGGCAUUGUACUAGGCUGCCGCCGGUCGCACCGCUUGGUGAACCUUGCCAUCAACGCAAAUCUUCUCAUUCCAUCGCAAUGAAGUGUAUUGUAGGAGGCAUGAACACUGAAUGGUACAAUCUGUCUUUGGGGUCUCAGCCAACAACACCGACCCGGUCAAUGUCGGGCGCGUAUUGCGAAAGUUGUAUCCGCUGAGCGGGAAGUAGACCUGCUGAGACAGGCC